AUAAAAAGUCUGAAAGACUUUAUUCGGAAGUAAUAACCGCGUCUCUCCUCCUACCACUUUCUUUCUCCUCUCAAUUACCGUCAGGUAAACGCAUUCCUUGCGCUUUUUCAUAACGUCGGUUCUUCGCAACCGACUCACGCUUUUUGUGCGUGCUAACACCAUUUUUUUUGCUUAAAUAGUUGGACCUUUGCAAGUGUCCUGUCACUCGUUGCUCACGAACACCUCGUCUUCACCCCCGUUCUCUCCACAUCUGCAUUCUUUUUCCCCCCUAUUUACAUCACAUUAUUCACCAUGUUCUCCACGUUUGCAACACUCGUCCUGUCCCUCAUCGCUACCUCUGCAGUCUCUGCGUUCGUCGUUCCUCGCGCCACUGCCCCCCAAGGCUGGGACACCUCGGCUCUUGAGCCCUAUGACACCUACCAUUGUAGGUAUCUCGCGAUCCAGUGCCAAGACCAGCGCAACUCUCCAUUCUUUUCUGAGUGCUGUCACCCCCUAGCGGCUGGUGAGAGCGCUAGCAGUCUUCCUGCUGAGUGCCAGAUGCCCUCUGGUGUCACCUGCAGCAAUGGUGAACCCGUAUUGAAUGGUGGGAGUGACGACGGUUGUGAUGAUGGUCCCUCAUCGACUCCAACAGCUUCACCUGCAUCCUCCCCUACUACGAGCAGUGCUUCUGUCCCCGCCAACGCUGCUCCUGCUCCGACUACGACUACCUCGGACGUAGUAUCCACGACCGCACCCUCGACUGGUUCUAGUGACAGUAGUGAUAACUAUGGCGGAUAUGCAACUUUCUUCUAUCAGGGAGGCAACGCAGGCGCAUGUGGAACAGUUCACUCUGAUUCCGACUUCAUCUGUGCUAUGGAUCAGUCUCGUUAUGGUAACUCUGGCAAUGCAUCCCCUCUUUGCGGCCAACAGGUCCAAAUCACCAAUCAGAUCAACGGUAACACCGUUGUGGUUACCAUUGCCGAUGAUUGCCCGACCUGUGCAAACUCGAACUCAAUCGACCUCUCUGUUGCUGCCUUUCAAGCUCUGGACAGCCUCUCUGUCGGGGAUCUUCCAAUUGUCUGGAAGUUCCUUAAUUAGACAUCGCUCGGCAGAGACUGUCUUCCCCUUCCAUCAUUCAUUGUUUUCAGUCCUUUCCUUGUCGCAUUGAUGCGUUAUUUGUUUUGGCGGGCUAGCUCCGUUGGAGCGUGGUAGCUGAUCUUGGCGUUCAGGAUAUUAAGGACCCUGGUGGCUCUUUGUCUCCACACCGACGAUCAAAUACCCAUCUUCUCCACUGGCAACGUAUGUUCAUUGUGUUUAUAUGGUUUUUACAAUUACUCGGAAUCACGCAUAUACAUGAAUUUCCUUUUAUCAGGUUUUUAUUAUAUCGGGGCAUGCAGUAUGUUCCAUACAUUGUUGAUAGCUAGCUACAGUAGUGUUAUGGUCGCUUAGUCAUGUCAUAUUCACGUGCAUAGAUGACGCAGUGCGCAAUCACAUAUCUUAUGUAAAUC